AUGGCUUCAAAUGGUGAACCACAGUUGAAUGAUGAUAGUGGAUCAGAGACCGAGGAUGAUGUAACCGAAACCUCACCAACACCGCCACUGACUACGAAGAACAAAAGCAAAGGGAAGAGAAAGAAACCAGAAGCAGCAAGCGCUUCGAACCAGAAAGCUUCGAACCAGAAAUCAUGGUCUCAAGUAUGGGACCACUUCCAGAGACCUGAGAAUGACAAGACAAAGGCAAUUUGCAAUUAUUGCAAGAAGGUGUUUGUCGCUCCAUCAGGCAAUGGCACAUCCAACCUGAAGAAACAUAACAUGGUCUCUUGCAAGGCUUUCUCCGCGUGGACAACUGCUAAUAGUGGAAAGAAAGACCAAACCGUGUUGUCUUCUGAUGGUUCUGAUGUUCGACUUUGUAAAAUGUCUGAGAAGGUGAUUAGGGAAGCUUCUAAUGAGAUGAUUGUGUUAGCGAGCUGCCUUUAUCUUUCAUUGAGGGCUUGGCAUGGAGACAUUUCUGCGGUUGCGAUGAAGAAGAUUCUUGAUGCUAAUAAGCAGAGAUUGUCUCUGACUACAGAUAUUUGGGUGGCGCCUCAUACAGGAGCUAGUUAUAUGGUGAUAACAGCUCAUUUCAUCGACGCUUGGUGGCAACUAAGGAAACUUAUCAUUGGAUUCAAGAAUGUGUAUGAUCAUAAAGGUGCAACUAUAGCUAAGGUUCUUCUUGAUUGUAUGGCUGAGUGGGAUAUCAAGCGAGUUUUCUGCGUCACCGUUGACAACGCCACAGCUAACAGUAAUGCCAUGGAGACAUUCAAGAAAGAGUUCAAGCAGCUAGGAGAUGAUGCGCUGAUUCUGAAAGGUGAUUUUCUCCAUUUAAGGUGUGCUACUCAUAUCAUUAACUUGAUUGUGAAACAAGGUCUGAUGGAGAUAGUUGAAAGUGUUAAUGCUAUCCGUAACGGCAUUUACUUUGUGAGAUCUUCCACACCUAGGAUCAAGGCAUUUGAGAAUCAUGUGGAAUCAAGAAGGAUUCAAAGAGGAAGCUUGCCUCUAGAUGUGAAGACUAGAUGGAAUUCGAAUUAG